AUGGAGAAGCUUUCACCGGCCGUUGCUAUCUACCGACCAACUACUGCCUCUACCUCGAGCGACAUUACAUCCGAUCCAGCCCUAGUAAUCGUCGCCACGUGGACCGACGCAUCAAGCACGCACAUCGCCAAGUACAUCACCAAGUACCGGGAACUCUACCCCAAAGCACAGAUCCUACUCAUCCGGAAUACAUCGAAGCUCUUCUUCAACCGACCGUCCAUAGGGCCUGCCGUACAGCCUGCUGUCAGCGUCGUCCGAGCAGCCGUUGCCGCUGUGCCGGUAUCGGCUGCUUCUCGUUCAUCUUCACACAUCUUGCUACACAUCUUUUCUAACGGAGGAUCAUCGAGUGCUGGAUCCCUCUACGAACAAUACGCCGCGACAGCCACAGAGGGCCAGGACAAACAGUUUCCUCGCCAUGUUACCAUCUUUGACUCUGCCCCUUCCACCAACUUCCGCAUGAGGCAAGCUGUGGCCUUCUUCACCGUUGGACUAUCGCCUAUACAACGCAUUAUUGCAGCCCCCUUUCUCUACUUGGCGGCAGCGAGCUAUACACUGGUGCUUUGGCUCAGACUGAUCGCUGAUAUACAAACAAGGUGGAGCAAUCACCACAAUAGGCCAGAUCUGGUGCUGGAAGCCCGUAGGACUUAUAUCUACAGUGACACGGAUGCUAUAGUUCACCCAGAUGAUGUCGAGCAGCACGCGCAGGAAGCAGAGAAGGCGGGUUAUGCGGUGAGAAGAGAGAAGUUUAUCGCUUCAGCGCACGUAUCACACUCGAGGAAAGAUGCAACGAGAUACUGGGAGGUUGUGACAAGUACAUGGGACGGGAACUACCCUGCAAACUAG